AUGUAAAAGAAUGAAGAAACAAUAAAAUUGGAUACUUCAAAUCUUAACACUAUUCUUAAUGAGGAAGAAUUCUAUCCAAAACCUUUGAAUGCAGAAACUAACAUUUUAAAGAGAGUGUUUUUAUUAAAUGUUUAAGAUUACAUGAAUAGUUUAUAUAGUGAAAUAGUAGGAAAGGAUAUUAAAUUCAAUUUUUCACAUACACCUCCAUUAUAAGAGAGUUAGAAGAUAGAAGUUGAAAAGUUAGAGAAUCUUUUAGAUUAAAAAUCUUCAGAAAUAACAAAAAUGUCUCUUUUUAAAUUGUUUUUCUUAUAAUAAAAAUGGAAAUUCUUUCUAAUAUUAUUUGUAUUAGCAAUAUUUUCUAUAUCAAAAUGUGGAAUAUCAAUAUUGUUAUCAACAUUGAUAGAUUCAAUAUAUUAAGAGUUGCCAAUAAAAUAUGCUUAUGGUAUAGGUUUGGUAUUGUUGAAUGGAUUAUCAAUAGUGUGUUAACAUUAAUUCUAUUCUAUAGGAUAUGAAUAUUCUACAAUAGUAAGAAUGAGUAUGGCAAAUAUAUUAUAUCAUAAAAUAUUCAAAUUACACACAUAUUAAAUAAAAAAUACUAAUUAAGGAAAAAUAAUAAAUAUGAUAUCAGCAGAUUUAAAUUUAUUAGAGCCAUUUUUGAUUUAUAUGUUUGUAGUAUUCAAUUUGCCAAUAUCAUUAGGAUUGACAGCUGCUAUUUUAUGGAUAAGAUUUGAUGGUCCUUAAGGGUUGUUAUUAUUAGCAUUAUUAUUUUUAGCAUAUCCAAUAUAAUUAUUUUUUACUCAUAGAAUUACUAUAUUAAUUAAGAAAACAAAAGAAUAUGCAGAUUAAAGAGUUAAAUUAACAAAUGAAUUAAUUGAAGGUAUAAGAUUAAUUAAAAUGUAUGCAUGGGAAUAAUCAUUUAUAAAAAUAAUUAGAAAUUUAGCACAUUAAGAACAUUUUGCAUAUAUUUUGACACAUCUUUAAUAUGUAAUAUUGAGAGGUACAACAUUUUUUAGUUAAAUGUGGGCAAGUGCAAUCUUCUUUAUGAUUAUGCAUUAUGGAGGAUUUUAUCAAAUUAAUGUAUCAAUAAUGUUAUCAACAUUAUAAUUAGCUGCUUUUGCUAGAUUUUUUUGUGUUAGUUUAUCAUCAUUUGGAUUAGAUUUUUUAGCUAAUUUAAAAAUAGUAUUAGAGAGAAUGAGGGUAGUAUUAUCAAUGGAAGAAAUUUAAUAAAGUUAUGAAAUAUUAGAUAAUUAAUAAAAAGAAGAUGGAUUAAUAUUAUAAAAUUUAGAAGGAUAUUGGAAUGUAAAUGGAUAACCAUAGAUUAGAUUAUCAUUUAAAUUUAAUAGAGGUUUAUAUGCUGUAAUAGGAAAGAUAGGAUCUGGAAAAUCAUCAUUAUUAAAUGCAAUAAUUGGUGAAAUGCCAAAAACAAAGGGUUCUAUAUUAUUUGAUGGAUAAGAUAUUAAAAAUAGUAAGAUUGGUUAUGUUGAAUAAGAACCAUUUAUAUUUCCAGCAAGUUUUAAAGAGAAUAUUUUAUUUGGAAGAAUGAUGGAUGAAUGUUUAUAUUAAUAAGUAUUAGAAUAAUCAAAUUUAAUUAUGGAUUUAUAAAAUAUGGAAAAAGGAGAUAGUACUAUGAUUGGAGAAAAAGGACUCACUUUAUCAGGAGGAUAGAAAGCAAGAUUAAGUUUAGCAAGAGCAUUAUAUGAAGAUGCAGAAAUAUAUUUAUUAGAUGAUCCAUUAUCAGCUGUUGAUGCUAAAGUAUCUAGAUCUAUUUUUAAUAAUCUUAAAUUAUUAUCUAAAAAUAAAAUUAUUAUUUUAGUAACUCAUUAAGUUUAAUUUGCUCCAGAAUGUGAUUAAAUUAUUAUUAUGAAUGAAGGAUAGAUUAUGGCAAGUGGAGAAUUUAAAGAUGUAAAUUAACAUUUAAAUUUAAUUACUGAUACAUUCUAAUAACAAGAAGAAUAAGUUUAAUAUAAAAAUAAUGUAACUAAAUAAGAUAAUGAUUUAUAUAAAAAAGAAGAAUUAACAUCUAAACCAGUUACUUUUGAUACCUAUAAACGAUUUAUCAAUUUAUGGUCAUGUCCAGCUUUAUUAAUCUUUAUGAUAUUAUUUUAUCUUGGUUAGGAAGUAUUACUUUAAUUAUAUAUAUAUUUUAUUUCUGAGUAUGAAGAUUAAACUUCAUUUUAUUUAUUAAUUGGAAUGUUAUGUAUUGGAGCUUUGGCAUUAAAUUUAAUUAAAUAUGGAAUGACUACUUUUAGUAUAUUAUCAGGUACAAAAUAAACUCAUGAUUAGAUGAUAACAUCUUUAAGUUAAUGUCCCAUUUCAUAUUUUGAUACAAAUCCAUCAGGUAGAAUUCUUAAUAGAUUUUCAAACGAUAAAAGUUUAUGUGAUUUUACGAUGAAUUUAUCUUUAUGGGAAGUAUUUGAAUUAAACUCUUUUUUUUUGGUAUCUAUAGCAUUUCUAAUAUCAAUACUUCCAUAUUUUGUAAUUGUAAUGUUAUUCAUAAUAUGUUUUUAAAUUUAUAUUUUGAAGAGAUCUUAUAAAAUAAUAAUAGAGACAAAAGAAUGUGAUUCAAUUUAAAAGAGUCCUUUAUUUGAUUUUUUUAAGAAUACUUUAAAUGGAAUAGUAUAGAUUAAAUUAUAUAAGCAAUAGUAAUAUUUUAAAUAGUUUUUUAAUUAAUUAUCAAAUAAUUGUGUAAGAUCAAAUUUCACAUUUUAUUAAUGUUCAACAAAUUUUGGAUAUAAAGUUCAUUUAUCUGGAUGGUUUGCAUCAGUAAUAGGUACAAUGAUAGUAAUAGGUGUUUAUGAUAAUAAAUCAAUAUUUUCAUAAGCAUUAUUAAUAUUAACAAUAUUUAAUGAUUAAUUUUAAUGGUGUAUGAGAUAGAUGAUUUAAGUACAUGCAAUGAUGUCAUCAUGUUAAAGAAUGUAUGAAAUAAUAGAUUUAAAAUCAGAAGCUCCUUAAUAUCUUGAAUGGGUAUAAAAUUGGCCUACAGUUGGUGAUGUAAAAUUUGAAUAAGUAGAAUUGAGAUAUAGAUAUAAUACUCCUUUGAUAUUAAAAGGAAUAAAUUUUGAAAUUCCAUAAAAGAAAAGGAUUGGUAUAAUAGGAAGAACUGGAGCUGGAAAAUCUUCUAUAUUAUAAGCGAUGUUUAGAAUGUCAGAAAUAGAGAAAGGAUAAAUUAUUAUAGAUAAUAUUAAUAUAUAAAAAUUAGGUUUACACUAAUUAAGAUCUUCAAUAGGUAUAAUACCAUAAAGUCCAUUUUUAUUUAGUGGCAGUAUUAGAAGAAACUUAGAUCCUUUAAAUUAAUAUUCUGAUUAAGAAUUAUGGGAUGCCUUACAAUAAACAUCAUUAGAUGAAUAUAUAAAGAAAUUACCAAAAUAAUUAGAUUCAGAUAUGACUUAAGUUAAUUCAAUAUUUUCAGUUGGUUAAAAGUAAUUGAUAUGUUUGGUUAGAAUUAUUUUAACUAAAAAAAAGAUUAUAGUUUUGGAUGAAGCAACUGCUAAUUUAGAUUAAAAGACAGAUGAUCUAAUUUAAUUGGUUAUUAGUAAAUUUGAUGCUACUAUUAUAACAAUUGCACAUAGAUUAAAUACUAUUGCAGAUUAUGAUUAUGUUAUGGUUAUGUAAGAUGGUUAAAUUAUUGAAUAUGAUACACCAUUAAUGUUAUUAUGUAAUUCUUAUGAUGACAAUUAAAUAACUAAAAAUACUGAAUUUGCUUAAAUGGUUAAAGCUACAGGCAAUGAAAAUGCUAAGAUUAUUCUUAAAUUAGCUAAAAGAAAAUAAAAAUGA